AUGGCCUCGAGCUCCCUCCCGCUCCUCGCCCUCCUGGCCCUGCUGGCCCUGCCAGGGCUCCGGGCGGCCGUGACCCUGCUGGAGUCCGGGGGGGACCUCCAGCCCCCCGGGGGGUCCUUGACUCUGCUCUGCCGAGGCUCUGGGUUCAAUUUCGGGGAUUACAGCAUGUACUGGAUCCCCCAGAGCCCCGGGAAGGCGCUGGAAUACGUCGCAGGGAUCUACAGCAAUGGUGGCUACACCUACUACGCGCCGUCGGUGCAGGGCCGGUUCAGGAUCUCCAGGGACAACGGGCAGAGCUCGGUGACGCUGACCAUGAACAACCUCAAGGACGAGGAUUCCGGCGCCUAUUUCUGUGCCAGAUGUUUCACUACUAGUUGGGCUGAGAGUGCUGGUUAUGGUUCUGCCAUCGCUGCUGUGGAUCCCAGCGACCCAUUCCAGCGCCUUCCCGGGGCUCUGGCGCACCCAUCCCAUGGAUUCCAUCCCGCUCCUCGCCCUCCUGGCCCUGCUGGCCCUGCCAGGGCUCCGGGCGGCCGUGACCCUGCGGAGUCCGGGGGGGACCUCCAGCCCCCCGGGGGGUCCCUGACUCUGCUCUGCCACGGGUCUGGGUUCAAUUUUGGGAAUUUCACUAUGUUCUGGAUCCGCCAGAGCCCCGGGAAGGGGCUGGAAUGGCUCGCAGGGAUCCAGAGCAGUGGUGGUUUCACCGAGUACGCGCCGUCAGUCAAGGGCCGGUUCAGGAUCUCCAGGGACAACGGGCAGAGCUCGGUGACGCUGACCAUGAACAACCUCAAGGACGAGGAUUCCGGUGUCUAUUUCUGUGCCAAACAUGGUGAUAGUGGUGGUUGGGCUUCGGCUGCUGACAGUUUUAUCCUGAACCGGCCCUUGACUGACGGCGCGUAG